AUGUCUGAGGAGACGCAGUUGCCAGAGGCCGAGAAUGGCUUUGCUGAUAGCAUUGCCAAUUUCGAGUUUGAAUCCUCCGAUGGCAAGAAGAUAGACAUUCCUCUCUACCUCGAACAGGAGCUUCUGAUUGGCAGAGACGGCAACUGCAAUUGGGUUAUCACGGAUGAUAGAGUUUCUAAGCAACAUUUUCGCAUCUACUCCAUCGUGUACGAGAAAACUUGCGCUACUAUUCCUCCAUUGGUCUAUUGUGAGGACUUGGAAUCUCUCAAUGGAACAUAUAUCAAUGAUGUUAUUGUCGGCAACAUUUCCCGAGGAAGAACAAGGCGUCUCCUCUGUGAUGGUGACUUGAUAGAGAUCAAACCAUUCUGGAAAUUCCGAUUCCAUCAAGAGAUUCACGAACCAGUCGUUCGCGACGAAAGAGAAUUGGAUGAUCUAGAGCAUUUCCACAGACGCUAUGCCGUCACUGAUAGAAAGCUUGGCUGCGGCAAAUAUGGCAAGGUGUAUCUGGCAAGAGAGGUAUCCACAGCGAAGCAGGUGGCAUGCAAAAUCAUUGAUUUCGAUAUGGCCAUAGACAAAAAAAGGGCAAUGCGUGAGGUCAACAUUCUUGCCAAAAUCACUCACCCGAAUAUUAUCAAUCUUAGAAAAGCUUUCUGUUCACACGACGCGUUAUACAUGUUCACAGACCUGGCGUCUGCAGGUGACUUAUUCUCGUACAUGCAAUCUCACGGCGGACGUCUCGAUGAUUAUCAAUGUCGUGUUAUCACUCGACAAGUCGCCCUCGCCGUCCAAUUCUUGCAUUCAAAAAACAUUGCUCAUCGUGACAUAAAACCAGAAAACGUUCUUGUGAGCGACACACGUUUUGGAGGGCGGGCUAUCUUGACAGAUUUCGGCUUUGCCAUCCAGGUAAACACUCGAACGGGCAGGAUGAUGUCCAGAUUAGGUACUUAUGGCUACAUUGCUCCGGAAGUAGAUGCUGUUGAGGAAGCAAACCUAGGCUAUAAGAAAGCCGCAGAUUUGUGGUCACUUGGAGUCCUCACAGCGUGCCUGUUUACUGGCGAAGCCGUCAUCCCGCGUGAUGAGCCAGCUGAAUUGAGCCAAGACGAGGUCAAAGACCGGGUUUCGGGGAUGGUUCAUCGCCGUACUAGACCACAGUGGUUGAAGAUACCCAAACGAGCUCGGCGAUUUAUCCUCAGCCUUCUGGUCAUUGAUCCAGAUUUGCGGAUGACGGCCGAUCAAGCUCUCGAGCACUCAUGGUACUCCAAACCUCCGAGGGAAGCUGAAGCCUUGAAAGCAGCAGUGGAGAGGAUAAACAAAGACUGGAAGCAACGCAAAAUUAACGAUGAGGUUACCGAAGCCCUUCCUGGUGUGGUGCUCAAGAAGCCGCCAGUGGUGAAAAGCCGGUAUAAAGUUCUGGAUGCUUCAGCAUCCCCAUACUUUAGCUUAGAUCGCCACUUGCGCCCGACAAUGCCAUCGACGAGAAAGCGUAUCCUGGAAGAUCUCAACGAAUCAGGCGCUCAAUUUAUAACCGUCAAAGACCCUGCCACUACAGGGAGGAACAUUGCAACUCUGAAGGGUCGAGGAGCGAGCAACAUUAAGGUAGUGGAAGGAAAGGAUUUGUUUGGCAUGUCCAUUGAGACAAGAACCACGCCCCAGUCCGCUCCAGAUCUUGAGGCGGUGGAUCAGAUGUCUGCCGCCCCAGUACCUCUGAUGGGGAAAGAAUUCGAAUUCGGACCCAUAUCUACAAAUCCCUAUUUUAGAGUGCGGUGGAUGCACGAGGUUCCAGUCAGGAAGCGCGCAAGAAAAGAAUCAGAUGGGAAUGAUAGAAGAAUCCACGAUAUUGCCGCGAAGACGUUGCCGCGACUUAGUACGGCAAAGGCACUCAGGGAUGCUGUAAACGAGAUAAGGGAACUGGCGUAGAUGGCGGCAGGCAGACAUAUGUACCUGCUAUGUGAUAUAGGAUGGCAUGAGAUUUGUUGCAUCGGAAAGGAUUGGCAGGCUGUCUAUAUACCCAUUUGCUGUUUGCUGCAAUAAACUCUAUUUGACACUGCAAGGC